CUAUCUCUCUCUUUCUCUCUCUCUCUCUCUCCCUCUCUCAUUCAAAAAAAUAAUAUCCGGCUUCUCUCUCCCCUCUCUCUUUCCUAUUUAUCCAUUUGAAAAUGUUUUUAUGGUUUUAAUUUUUUGAAUAAAUAUGAAAACAGCAUGAAAUCGAUGUUCUGAUUUGUUCCAUUUCCUUGCUAAUUGUUAUCGCAGUCUGUUAUUACAUGAAUUUGUGACCCAGAUCUGUUUCGAAAUGUCAAAGAUUGAAUCUUUUGUGCACGAAUCUCAAUUUUCACCGCCUUUGCGUAAAUUUCAUCAAAUGAUUUGCUGCGUGUGUUUUCGUCGCCGAUUUUCCUCAAAUGGGAAAGGAUCUGUUCGAUUUGCUGUUUUCCUGCUUAAUUUAUUUUUUGGGGAAAACGAAAAUGUUGAUCUCGUUGCUAUUAUUUCCAUUUCUGUUUCAGAUCUUAUCGAUUUUCAUUUUUGUCGCUAAUUUUCAUUGGUUUAGAAGCAUGGGCUUUGUGAUUCGUCCCCGAAUAUCGACAUUAAUCGCGCUUUUUGUUUCUUCUGAAAAUUCACCUGAAUUAAAGUUAGAAAUGAAUCGAAUUACACCCGGAUUUGGAACGGUGGUUCGAUUUCAAUUUAGGUAAUAAUGCAAGGUCGUAGUUUUGGAUGCCGAUUUUGGCUCGAUUGGCAUGUUUGCCUUUUUGUCGUUUGUAAUCGGUACUCUUUGUUUCUCGAAAGGUUUCACCUUAAUUACAGUUACAAAUGAAUCGAAAAUACUCGGUGUCGGAACUAUGAGUUGAUUUAAAUUUAGCCAAUGUUGCGCUGUCAUGCUUUUGGAUGCUGAUUUUUGUCGUGUUCACGUUGUCGUCAUUCGUAAAGCAGAGCAAAUUUGUUUUCACCAUUAUGGACGAAGACAAUUUGAGGAAUUGGGGUUAUUACGAACCGCCCGCGCCUAUGAAAGGGCAAAUCGGUCUCAAUCUAAUGCAAUCAAUGGCCGAACGAGACACGAAGCCGUCGUUCCUGACAGGGCGAGACCAUCCAGUAAUGGUCUCGACAAACGGUGCCUUCCACCCCCGCGACUGUGUCGUAACCGAACCACCUUUGACUCGCAUGGAAUACGUCCGAGAGGAUUGGAUAAAUCACAGAGGGAAACUCAUGCAGAUAUUCUCCAACAACCAUUACAAUCCCAACCUAGCCGAAUCUUCCGGGUCCCACCAUGUUCCAAUGCAGAUGAUCCAGCAACCCGAACCCACCGAAGAGGCCCGGCCCGUCAUGGAAGACCCGCCCGUCAAGAAAGAACCCGGGACCACCAAGAAACGGGCCUCCGCCGCCUCUUCCACCCCCAAAGCUCCAAAGGGGAAGAAACCAAGAAAGGGGCCUGCAAAAGAAAACAGCAGCGGCAACCCAUCUGUACAACGUGCGAAACCUGCGAAGAAGAAUAUCGAAGUUGUAAUAGACGGGGUUGACAUGGAUAUUACGGGUAUACCCAUACCCGUCUGCUCGUGUACUGGUCAGCCACAGCAGUGUUACAGAUGGGGGUGUGGGGGGUGGCAAUCUGCUUGCUGCACAACGACGAUAUCAAUGUACCCGUUGCCUAUGAGCACAAAGAGACGUGGGGCCCGCAUUGCUGGACGGAAGAUGAGCCAGGGUGCUUUCAAGAAGGUUCUGGAAAAACUCGCGGGCGAAGGAUAUAUCUUUGCUAACCCUAUCGACUUAAAGAGUUUCUGGGCAAAACAUGGCACCAACAAGUUUGUGGUUAUCAGGUAGAUUUUUCGCUCGCUGCUGCACAAUUCCUCCCUGGCAUUACAACUGGGUUUUGCCACUGCAUUUGGGGCCCGUUUUGUCAUGUAUAUAUAUUCUGCGGCCUUGUGCAUUUAUUUGCUCGGUACUUUUGUACUUGAAUUUUUUUUUUCGAGUUCGCGAUACAUGUUUGAAAACACCCCCUUGGCUAUUUGUGGUUCUUGAAAAAGGCGUUGUUAAUCAAUUCCUCCUUUGUUUUGCUACAUGGGCUAGCUGUACUUUCUGGCCGUUUGAGGGUAGGAUAUGAAUUAUGGGAUUAUUUAUUUUGUUUCUAGUUAAAUGGAUGAUUUUGAUAUUAAUUUACAUUCUUGGAAAUCUAUAUUACUUGUUUAA